GAGACGUUCCAGGAAGUGUUGGGAAACAUUACAGACGGGCAGGACAGCGAAGAAGAAACGAUGGUGAUGUAGGGACACUGCAAACAAAAAAUGCUGUUUUAUUUCAGGUUUCUUCACAUUUCAGGGGCUUUUUAUACAUUUUCAGGAGAGCCGUGUGUUUCCUAUAACGACUCAAGUUCAGCCAAUGCUAAAACGCUCACAAGCAUCAGCAGUGUUGAGUCAAGGAAAUGGGAAACACAGAGUAAAUGACCGUACUGCAGAGACUGCACAACCGCUGCUUUUGUACCGAAGCUAUCGUGUUUACUGCUCAUUGUUUCCGCUAUUGUAACGUCAGCCCCGGAUGCGUCGUUUGUGCUUCACGGCUCUGUUUAUGAUGGCGUGGCAUUAGCUGAUGUUUCUCAGUCAUGCGUGGAAAACACGGAUGCUUCUCUCCUGAUCUCAAAGCCACAACGAGGAACCGGAGGAGGAUCAACAGCCAAAAAUAGUCUCUAGAGCCACUGACAGCCAGCUGACGUCUCUUCGCUUAUUCCGCCGACGAACAGCAUGGAAGAUGAGUUGUUUGAGCAGAUCCUCACCGUGUUUAACAACCUGGUGGCGUGGGUCGCUGCCGGUGCCAUGGUGUUCGGUGGGGUGGUGCCCUACAUCCCCCAGUACAGAGACAUCCGCCGGACCCAGAAUGCAGAGGGCUUCUCCACCUACGUGUGCCUGGUGCUGCUGGUGGCAAACAUCCUGAGGAUACUCUUCAGAUUUGGACACUACUUUGAGACGCUGCUGCUGUGGCAGAGCAUCAUCAUGAUCUGCACAAUGCUCAUCAUGCUGAACCUGUGCACCAACGUCCGCAUGGCCACUGAACUCAGCACGAAGAGGCGCUCCUUCUUAGCCACAGACAUUAAGGACGAAGAGGUCAGAAUCCCUAAGAGGCUCUUUCUGGAUUUUGACUGGAACUACUUCUGGUCAUGGAGUCGUUUUGUGGACUAUGUGCAGUGCGUGCUGGCCUUCACUCUGGUGGCAGCGUACGUCACCUACCUCCUCCUGGACUCGGUUUUGUUCGUGGAGACUUUGGGAUUCCUGGCAGUCUUCACCGAAGCAAUGCUGGGUACACCGCAGCUCUACUGCAACUAUCAGAACAAAUCCACAGAAGGCAUGAGCAUCAAGAUGGUUCUGAUGUGGACCAGUGGUGACACCUUUAAAACGGGGUACUUCCUCCUCACCCAGGCUCCGGUGCAGUUCUGGAUUUGCGGCCUGCUGCAGGUCUUCGUGGACAUCACCAUCCUCUUCCAGGUUUACUACUACAGCCGCUACCCGCAGAAACCAGUGUCACACACAGUUUCCCACACCACCAGUGCCAAAGCCCUCUGAGAACAUCGGCAUAAUCUCUGAGGACACUACAAAGCAGCAGCGAAGAAGGCCUUAUCAAGGCACUGUGGAAAUGUAUAAACACACACACGCACCAAAGCAUCUUGAGAUGAUGUAGGCUGCUGCUCCCCCUCACCUCCUAGUAUAAAUGAAGACUCCAACGCACUCAUAAAUAAGGCAAAGAUACACAGACACCAGGUGGUGGCAAUGUCUCCAGUGAUACCCGAAGGACACUUGUUACACACAACGUCAGCCUGUUUUAUUUAUUGUCCUCUUGACUUUUCAAAGCGGCCCAAUGCAUGCUAAUAGGAAUGCAAACGUCUCUGAGAAUACACCCUUGAAUCAGCCUGUGCAUGUGGAGAAUAUUAUGCACACACAGCACAUGAACAUCCAGCGUAUGCAAACUGCAGAUGCAUGCACUGAAAUCAGUGCUCAAGGAAAAGUGGACCAGCUUGUGUCGUCCUCAAGAUGAAUGUUGCUUGGAACUUCUGCCUUAAAGCACCCACAUUUUCAACAUGGAUUGCUGAAUUGCCAGUAAUGUGUUACAAAUCAAUCAAAACAAAAAAAAGAAAUGUUAAUAUACAGCAUUGCUGAAUGUACAAAAUGGCAUUUGUUAUUGUUUUUUCCCAACACCGUGGAGAAAUGCCAGUCAGUCUCCUGCUUGUUGGACACCAUAUGCUGUCAUAUUCAAUCUUGUACGACAAAAAUACAGAAAAGCAAAGUCAAUCUAACAUCACCAAAUGAAGAAAACUCCUCAAGUUUGGUCAUGGAUGUGAGUGGCCUUGAGACUAGCAAAAAGAUGAGCGAAUUAGCCUUUGUAAGCGAAUGCCAAGACUUUUAUACUAAAGCCCUUGACGACAUUUUAUAUAUAUUUUCAUCAUUUCCAAAACUUCCUAAAUAAAUGCUCAAAGAUGUGUUAACAUCAUUAAACUUAUCCCGCGAGCCUACAACUGCACUUCAUAAAGGUAAAGGAGUAGUUUAAUUUUCUAUGUCUGGGACUAGCAGCUGAAUCAUAGCUCCAGGCGCUAGUUUAGCUUCACGUUCAGUCUGAACUCAUCUUUAUGAUGACGACCGCAUUUAUAUUAGGGUCGCAUCAUGGGCUUAAUUUAGUGAUGUUUGUGGCUUCUGUUUCAUUUUGAACAUCAUCCUACAUUCAUGCUAUAACUGCAGGAUAACAAGAAGCUGUUUUUCCGUCCUGAAUUGGAUCAUGUUUUAUUCUAAGGCCUCAUGACAGCUUUGCAUUCACCACAAUAGACUAGAUUUUCUAUUUCUAUUGUGUUGCGAGCCAAUCUCGCCAACUGACGGCCAGAAGCUGAGCGCUCUAAAGCUUUUUCAAAUUAUAUGUAAUCAUGUUUUUACAUUUGCUUGCAGUUUGAUGCCAAUAUUUCACUGAGACUUGUUUGACAAAAAACAAACAAGAACACUCAGAAAGUGCGGCUCCCUCUGAAGAGCAAGGGCUAAAAUGUUUUUAUUACAAUAUGCUGACGUCAGCCUGUUACGGCAUCGUUGUGAGGUGUCAUAUUGAAAGAAAUAUGUGCGUCAUACAGCUUUCUCCAUUCCUUUUUAUGGGAUAAGGUAUGAUAUGGUUUCAACAAACUGGAAUCUGCAACAGGCACAUCCUGUUACAGCACCACGUUCAAAUUCAUCAAGCUCGUUAGACCGAUCCAUUCUUUUACAAACAUGUGUAAAAGCACACGGCGUGGAUAGGUGUUUGAUUUUAAACACCUGUGGUAAUGGCACUGAACACACCCGAAUUCAAAUGUUACUUUUGUCCGUAUCGUCUAUCUUGCUGUGGCAUUGAAGUCCAUCGAGCUGCGAUAGACUGUGAUUAUAUAACAAAGACAAACUUUGUUGAGUUUGAAGAUGACCACUAUCAGGAGGCUGCUGCUAGAAAUGCUCUGCUGCUGCUUGUUUCCCUCCUGAAAUCAGAAUCAUGGAUGCCCUGAAGUGACGCUGUGCCAUUCCUAAUUGUACAAUCAUAAUCCAUAACAUAUCUAAAAACUGAGCUACAUCAGUUAUUUAAAGCCAUUCUAAAAAAAAAAAAAAAAAAUCAAUGACAUAGAGCCCCAUUCAUUCUAAAUUAUUUCACAAGUACUCCCUAUGUAACCAGAGCUCCCAUGAAUGGGAGUCCUCAGUGUUAUUAGAUUUUUUUUUAAUGUUCUGGAUUGACCAGUAAAGUGUAAGUGCACAAACAUGAUUUCGCUCCUUACAGCAAUAAUAACGUAAAUACGUUUUAUGAAAAGGCUUUUAUGCAGGACCAAGUCGAUAUGUUCUGUGAGCGGUGUUGUUCACAGAAAUGAUGUCUGAAGCCCAGGCUGUAAUAAACUGGAAUUAUGCCUUAAAGAGAUGAACUUCACAGACUCACAGUUCAGAAUUUGCUCAGCUAAGAUCGUACCUCUUCCUCAUAUUGGCUGUGGAGAGCACUGACUGGCCACUUUAUCACUGAUGGCAAAUCCAAUAGCAUCCUUUAAUAUCCCCCCCGCUCAUGACCCCACAUCACUGUGAGGUCCUCUGUGAGGGCAGGUUGUACUCAUCGAUGUUUUGUCAUAGGAAAUUAAUUUCCUGUUUAAACGCAGAGGCAGCCACAUGAUUUUUUUUUUUUCUUUGCGUUACUGUUGUUGUUUUGUCAUUUCUCUCUGGGGAGGAAUGCCAGACCAGAAGGUGCAGGACUGUCAGCCCUUCAGUGAUCUGAGUACCACAGCAGACCUGUCCUCGUCUUCAGAAAGAACAAAACGGCAACAAAAAUAAAUCUUUUUGUUCCGCUGAGAAACGACCAUUCUCUGCUUCUUCUUUUUUUUAUAAACACGUUGGGUGAGUAUUCGGUAGUGAGGGAUCGGUCGGGGUAUUUUUUUUUAUGUUUACAUCUUUUUAGCUUCCGUAUUUAUUUUGUCCUUUUUUUUUAUUAACUCUUCAGGUGCCAGUGUAAGAUUGCCUGUUCUCUGUCCCGACAGUGCUGAGCCCGAGUGUGUUGUGUGAGUUAAUGUGAGAUACCUGACAGGGUCCUGUUGUGCGAAACAAGAUCAAACUGACCUCAGAGUUCCACUUCUGUGACUGUUUCACUGCACGUGAUGAUUUAUCUUUGUUUGCUCCGUGUUUUUUAUCACUUUGCUCAUUUAUCAUGUGAACAUUUUUUCACAUUUUUUGUUUGUUACUAUACCAAAAAUAUCAUUCCGUGAGUAUGUUUAUUAUGUGUUUUUGGUCUUUUGGUUUUUUACCCUAGUACAGCGAUUGAUGUCUCUAUUUUUAUCCAUUUUCCUUUUAAACUGGCCAUACACCUGUAAUUCCUGAGGCUGUUUAAACACCCAGUAUUGUCAAGAAUUUAAUGUGGCAUUGCCUCCCAAUAAAAAGGACUCAGACAAACUCUUA